GACAGAAACAGCGCGCGUUAAGAUGACGUAUGUGUUUUAACAGCUGAUUGAAAGAGGUCGCAGUUUACCAAACAGAUCACAACACAAACCUGCUAAAAUCAAACUUUAGUGUUUGUUGCGACUUCUACGCUGGAACAUUUUCGCAAUGACUUAAGUGUGUUACAGCUUUCUCUUACCUCACACAUCCUGUGGUGCAGUGCAGUAGAGUCCAGCGAUGGAUAAGAUUUUGGAGGCACUGGUCAGCUCCUCCCACCCCGUGCCUGUCAAACGGGCUAUUGUGAAAAAAGUAAUAGAAGCUGCUGAAAAGGAGGUAACAGAGGAGCAGUGCCGGGCUUUGUACCAUCUCACGACUCGUCUUAUUCUUGUGGGUGAGGAUGCUUUUCAGCGACAAGUUGGCCACCAAGUACAGGAGGCCUAUGCACGCUACCACCGUGAGGAGUUUGCACGCUUCUUCAGUAAGGAGUAUGUAAUUGGACUCCUUCAGCAAGGUUACGGCUCUUUGGAGUGCAGAGACCCUGCCAUCAUGGACUAUCUUCACAGCUCCCUGCGGUUGCUCAUCAGCUGCCCAGCUGUAUUAGAGUUGGCACCGCUGUUACAGACAGAGGUCUUGCGGAUCAUCUGUGAGCGGCCAGAGCCAGCAACCUGUGCCAAGCUUGCCAUCAUACUGACGGACUUCCCCCAGUGCAUUCCACGAGAGAAGGCAGGAGUUCUCUUCUGUCAGCAGCUUGUGCGUGCCUUUGCGUAUUUCCACUGUUCUGCCUCUGAAGAACGGGAGUUGCGGGAGUAUGUGACCCAGGUGACCAGGGUGAGCACGCUGGUUCAGGGAAUCUGGAAGGCAGAGCCAGCCACACUGCUGCCCUCACUUCAGGAGGUGUUUGCAGUCAUCUCCUCAACAGACCCCUCAUUUGAACCUUCCAUUGCUCUGGCCAGCCUGGUCCAGCACAUCCCUUUGCAAAUGAUUACAGUCCUCAUCAAAAGCCUCACCACUGACCAGAAUGUUAAAGAUGCCAGUAUGACCCAAGCACUUUGCAGGAUGAUUGAUUGGUUGUCCUGGCCUCUGGCCAAUCAUGUGGACACCUGGGUCAUUGCUUUAUUAAAGGGACUUGCUGCUGUUCAAAAGUUCACAAUUCUCAUAGAUGUCACCCUUCUCAAAAUUAAACAGGUCUUUAAUCGUCUCUGGUAUCCUAUUGUCAGACAAGCAGCACUGGUGGUUCUUUCACACAUGCUACUCAGUUUCCAGCACUCGCCUGAAGCCUUCCACUUAGUAGUCCCCCUUAUAGUCCCAUUGGUGCAGUCUUUGAAUACUGAUGGCCUUCCCAACAGCAAAACCUUCCUGCUGCAGUUGGCAGAACUUGUUCACUGCAUGAUGUACCAGUAUUCUGGCUUCCCAGACCUCUAUGACAGCAUUCUUGAAUCCAUUACAGGCCUACCUAAACCUAGUGAGGAGAAGAUCAAGUUUGUUUUGAACCAAAGCGCCUGGACCUCUCAGUCCAACUCCUUUGCAUCAGGCUUGCUCAAGCUAACAGGAAAAUCGGAAACAGGAAAGACAGGACUUGUGAAUCUGGGAAACACAUGCUUCAUGAACAGCAUCAUCCAGAUUUUAUUCAUGGCUACAGAUUUCAGACGACAUGUUAUGUCACUGCAUCUGAAUGGCAGCAACACCCUUAUGAAGAAGCUCCAGCUUCUUUUUGCCUUCUUAGCCCAUACACAGAGAGCAGCAUAUUCACCAAGAAGUUUCUUAGAGGUGUCUCGACCGCCCUGGUUUACAGCUGGAUCCCAGCAAGACUGCUCAGAAUAUUUACGUUUUCUGUUGGACAGGUUGCAUGAGGAAGAGAAGACCCUCUUGGCCCCUAAGGUGGCCUGCCCAAAACCUGAACCUGCUUCUCUAUCUGCUGAAGCCAUUCACAGUGCUGCAGGUCAGCCAGUUGCUGAUGUGCCGUCACACUCUGAUCCCGUGGUUGAUGGGGGGGAUGGUCGCACUCUUGUGGAGCACAUGUUCGGUGGAAGACUCUCUACAGCCAUCCGCUGCUUUAAGUGCCACAGACUGUCAGAAAAAGAGGAGCCAUUUACAGAUCUCUCCCUUGCCUUCUGCCCCUCUAUGUCACAGCCUUGCCAAGGGGCAGUAAACGGGGGCAGUGAAAGCUCAGAGACUUAUGUAAAAGAAGCAGGAACCAGGACAGAGCGGACUGUAGGGGAGCCUGCUUUGUCUGUACCAGAUUUAGUGGACUAUUUUCUAGCCCCAGAAAUCCUGGAAAAUGACAACUGCUACUUCUGUGAACACUGCGGCUCGCUCCAGAGGGCUGAGAAAGUCAUGCGGGUGGUGGAAGCACCCGAGUACCUCAUUUUAACUCUGUUACGCUUUUCGUAUGACGCCACGUGCCAUGUCCGUCGCAAGAUCCUGGACAAUGUAGACAUCCCACUGCGGAUGAGCCUGCCUCUGAACCAAUGCAACAGCUCUGCCUCAUCGUUUUCCUCAACUGCAGUUCCAUCUUCCUCGUCACCUGAAAGUGGUGAAAAUUUAGCUAAGAAACUCAAGCCUUCUCAGAAAGAGGAGGGCAUAAAAAAAAGGGAGAGCAAUGACAGUGAUUUGGAAGCAAUGUCCAUACCGUAUGUUUUAAGUUCUGUUGUAAUGCAUUCUGGAAUGUCUUCCGAGAGCGGUCACUACUACUCAUAUGGAAGGAAUGUGAGUAGUACUGAUGGGUAUGUACCUCACCCAUGUCCUAACAAUCAGGGAAGUUCCAGCCUAUCAAAGAGCUCAACAGCAACACAAGAAGAAAUUGGGUGUAUUGACCACAAGUCCACAGACUGGUUCUUGUUUAAUGACAGCCGAGUGACUUUUACAAACUUUCAGUCAUUGCAGAAUGUCACAAGUCGCUUUCCUAAAGACACAGCCUAUGUUCUGGUAUAUAGAAAACAAGAAGUUAGGGGACAUCAUAGUAAUGCAGGGGCAGUAGUGAAAACUUCAAGACUGAGUGGAGAGCCACCCCUACAGAAAGAGCUGAUGGAUGCAAUUACCAAAGACAACAAACUCUUCUUACAGGAGCAGGAGCUGAAUGCCAGAGCACGGGCCCUCCAAGCAACUUCUGCUUCCUGUUCGUUUCGGCCCAAUGGUUCUGAUGACAAUGAGCCCCCUGGUAGCUGUGGACCCUCGGGUGGGGGUGGAGGAGGGGGCUUCAAUACCAUCAGCAGACUCGUCUUCUAAGAAAGAGUUAUGCCCCACAGAUAUGCCCUUUAGAACACUGGUCUCACUAAAUGAAGACUCCAUUUUGUUUCCCAGUUACCCAUUAUCUGAAUAAGUGUGCCACUUUGGAAACAGACUUGUCUUUUUUGUGGUUUGCAUGCAUUUGUUUCAUUUUCUGUAAAGUUAAAUAAAUAAUUUUCCGUAGUACAGGUCAAAAAUAGGCAUGCAAUAAAUUUGUACAGAAUACAGCAAUUAUUUUGGUCUCAACCUUAAAUCUUAAUUGUUCCAUUUCUUAAUGACAAGUCAUUAGGAAGAGAAUAAUAAAAAAUGAAACUGAAUAUUUUUGGACUAUACUAUAAAAUGAACUGCUUGCAUGACUACUUGGUUUGGUAUUGAGCCCCUAAGGUGACAUUGGAGUAAAAAAAUCUAAAGUUUCAUGUGCUCACGCGAAACCUUCAUGUGCAGAAUAUUUUUUUAAAGUUUAGUUUUGCGUGCUCACGUCAAACUAAACUUUAUUUAAUUUUUGCUCUAUGUCCCCUUAGGGGCUCCGUAGUUUGGGGAUUACGAUUAUAGCUGUUUUUAGCAAUUAUAUAAUUACACUUAUUUUAUUAAUUCAGGAAAUAUGUAUUCGAUUUAGCUUUUUAAAGUUUUUUAAAGUUAGUGAUUUUAUGUGCCUUUCCAUACUUAAGGUUUCACAGAAUUAUUUGAUCGAAUAGAAAUUAAACUUUCUCUUGCUGUACAGUGUUAAUAUGUAAUGAUUGUUUUUGCUCUCUAGUAAAGACUCCUUAAUGAACAAUGUCUAAUUUUAUCAACAUUUGAUUUACUGUCAGUUUUUAUGUCAUAUAAUGGUGUAAGAUUCCUAACCUUUGGUGCUCAUCAAUGUGCCAAAACACUCAAUAUGUCCGGUUACAGCAUAAGAUUCAAACUGCAUAAUAUUUAAUUUUAUGACAACUACACAAAAACAUUUCAUACCACCAAUAGCUUACACUGAUCACAAAAGCAGCAUAUGAAAAGUUAAUAGCACAAAGUGUAUUCUGAAACAAUGUAAUCAAGCUUAGGUCUGUUUUUACUAUCAAACAUUUGUCAGUCACCUUGUGGCCAUCAAGCCAUAUAUCCUCCAACCUUCCAGUGUCUUCAGUUUAAGCCACUGUGCCCCUGUCCUUGGGUGAACUCUGAUACAGCGCUUCUGUUUCUUUACCACAAAGUACUGUGUAACUGGCCUAAUGCAUUAGCUUGUGACUUUCUGUGCACAUAGACACUUGUAUAUUUUGUUCACGAAAGUGUUUGUUGCACUCUUUUUAGGACUAAUAUAUGUAAUGUGGCAAAUCAGGCCUUGUGGUUUUCAGAUGAGGGCACCUUCAUCUUAUCAGUCUCUUCCAGUGUCAUUAGCUUUAUAACAUGUUGUGUUGCAGUGUUGGACCACUCACUGUCCCUAAGACCAUUUGGUAAAAUCAAUGUCUUUCAAUUAUUCAACAACUGAGACCUACACAUUUCUUUGCUACAGAUUAGACCACUAAUGUGAAAAGUGGAAACGCCACACGUUAGGUCUGCAUUCAUAUCACUAUAAUUAUUUAAGCCUUUACAUUUUUCUAUUUUUAUUAUCCGUUUGUGUAAAACACUUUAGUUUGUGCAUAAUGUCUUUUGUCAUUGUGGGAUAUAUGACACACAGAUCAUGUACUUAUUAUAAAUAUAAAGCCUACAUUGUCUGCAUACGUUUUUGCAAACCAUUGUCACCAUUAUCAUUUUAAACUUUACACUCCAUCCUUAUUGCUUUAUGUAAGUGUUAUAUAAUUUGAUUGCAUUGAUGUCAUUUGUAUUAAGAUUAUAUUUAUUUGUAUAAAAAUUUUGGCCAGGUAAAAA